GCUUGCAAUAAUAUACAUGAAUAUGAUAUCAAAAAAUGUUCGUUACUUCAGUCAGAUAAGAAUACUUGCCGUUUAUUAAACGUCAGAGGCCUUGAUUUCUCGUUUGUGAUGAUCAGCUUGUGUGUGUAUGAUAUACAAAAAAGAUGGAUAAAAAGAUUGAAUUUUGAUUCUGGCUCCUGUACAUCACCGUCACUGCGACUUUAUAAAAGAUCUAUACUAUUUAAAGAGUUUUCUCAACUAUUAUAAUGUUCUCCAAACAUUUUUCAAGCUAUCAAGAGAGCGUGGAUAACUUAUAUUUAAUGACGGUGAAAAUCCAUCACAUACGCUAAGUUCAAUUCUUAAUUAUCAUAUUUACAAGUUUAUAAUAUUUCCAAUAACAUCAAGAAUUUUUAAGUUGGUAAAAAUUUAUAUGCUUCAGCUUUUACAGAAAUAAUAAUGGAUGAAACAGGGAAAGAAUACAUUUUGCAGUGGUCUGGUCAUGCAGCAAGUAUUACCGAAAGAUUCAGUGGUCUUCUAGCAAGGCAAGCUUUAGUAGACGUCACUUUAAUUUGCCAAGAACAAAAACUGCGUGUUCAUAAAUUGGUACUGGCUUCUUGUAGUCUUUAUUUUGAGGAAAUGCUGGAACAAGAUUUGGGUCAAGAACCAAUAAUAGUACUUAAAGAUCUGGACUUUGAUAUUUUGAAAGCAAUGGUAGAAUUUAUGUAUUGUGGGGAAACUACAAUAGCUCACUGCCAUUUACAGUCUUUACUUGAUGCUGCACAAAUUUUUAAGGUAAGAGAUCUUGAAUCAAUAGUUAAUAAUAUGAUGGAAUCAAAAAAUGAUAUUGAUCGUAACGAGUCACUAAAAACAAACGAAGAGUUUAAUAAUAUAAAUAAUUCUACGUCCGGAAAAAGUCGUGUACAGGUUAAAUUGAGUGGUAAAGAGACUGCUGAAAAAUCACUAUCCCCAAUAACAUUAAUCGAAUUGUUUGAUGAUACAAAUUUAAAAUAUAAUCAAUCGAUCGAAAAUAUUUUAACAAAUAAUUCUACUCAAGAAAAUGAAUAUACAGCCAGUGAAACAAUUAAUAGUACAAAAGUAUUUACAAAUCAAUUAUUUUUUGAGGAAACAACUAAUUUAAAAUCAAAUAUGACUAAUUCCAGAAAGGAAAAUCUUAGCUUAAUGAAAAAAAAUGAUUGUGAUGAUAAAAUCGUACUAACAAAUCCUGAUAAAAUAUUUGAUGACUGUUUAAUCGCGUGUUCAGCACAAAAUAGUGAAUCAGAUUCAUUAGAUGUUAUAAGUGGAGUUGGAGAAUGUUCGAAAGUUUAUACGCACAAAAAACGUAAUCCUGAAAAUAGCAAAAAAUCUUUUGUAUUAAAUAUGUGUGAUGUGCUAUCCCAAACAUAUGCAACAGAUAGCAUAGAUUUAUCAAAUGAUCUGUUCUGUGAUACUAAUAUUAAUAUACCUAUUACUUUACCUUCAGUAAUUGAUACUGAAACGACAGAUUAUACGUGGAAUUUGACAGCUGAAAAUAUCUAUCAUGUUCCUGGCACCAUCAAUCAAUCUAAUAUUUUUAUUAGUGAUAGACAGCAAAAUAUGAAUGAUGAAACUGAUGCACAAAAAUCUGUUAUUUUAAACUACAAAAGUAUCAGACAAAUAAAGGAGAUCUUUUCAGUAGAUAAUGAUAAUAUUUCAAUUGAAAAAACUCCUAUUCUCAGACGCAGUGUACGUUUAAAUCAAUCAGAAGAUAAUUCAGUGAAUAGUUGUAAUCAAGUAAUUUGUCAAAAACCUGAAGAUAAAGCGAUUUAUAUUAAAAGGGAAUCUUUAACUACCAUUAAGCCUGUAACAAAAUCAAAACGUAAAAUAAAGGAAUCUGAAACAAAAAUUGCUGAUGAAAACAUAGUAGCAUCACAGAAAAAAGUUUCUAAUAAUUCUCGUUCAGUACGGAGUGCUGCUAAAAUAGCUUCUAAACGUAGUAAUAAUUCUCGUUCUUAUUCAAAAAUUACUAAACAUGAACCAAAAGCAAAAACAUCCAAGUUAAAAAACAUGAAGUUAGAAAAAAUAGAGUCUCUUGAAAAUGAAGCUUUUGUUCCUCUUAGACUAAAUACUAUAGCUUCAGUUGAUCGAGCAUUAUGGGGCGAUAUGUCCGAUAUUUUAGAAAAUCAAAAGGAUGCAACAUUAAUCCCAGAACAUUCUUUAAGCAAAGAAAUACCAUUUGCUGUUGGUUUAUUACCUCUUCAUGCAGCUUUAGAACGGAUGCAAGCAAUACCUGAUUAUCAACCACGCAAAACCCGAUCAUCAUUUGCUCCUUCAAAGCAGGAAUUUCAUGGUCUGAAAAGAAAAUUAAUAGCUUGUGAUAGUGAAUCAUGGGUUACAAAAAAACAAUGUAGUUCUGAUCAUAUUAUCAAUACUUCAAGCACAGAUUGUCAUAUAAAAAUCCAGCCGUCUUCCCAGUGUUAUGAGACUCGUACGAAUCUUCGAGAUCUAAUUGUUUCAACAAAAUUGGAGUUAGAUAAACGAUGACAAUUUUUCCAUAGUUCUCGAAUAUUGUUAUUUUGCAAUGCUCGAAAUACAUUGAGGGUAUAACUUUCUUGUUACUUUGUUUUUUUUACUAUUUAAUUUUUUUUUAUAAUAAGUCCUGUGAAUUUUUGUUGGUUUACAUACUAGAUUAGAUAAAACUGUUUGUAAAAAUGUAAAUUGUAAAGAAAGAUAUAAUUAUAUUUCUAGAUCAGUUAUUAUUAAUUUCAA